AUGCCGCUCGUAGACACGCCACAAAUCGUGUGGCAUGGAGGUGAAGCUGGCAAGAAUGCGCCCAUACUGUCACUCGACACCCACCCUUUGGCGCUUGAUGGCGGUCACCAGGGCUCGCGGGUCGUGCUAGCCACUGCAGGCACCGACGCCGAGGUGCGACUAUGGAUAGUCAAUCGCCCUACACAGGAGGAUGCAAAGAACUGGGAGCAGGCAGGCGUUUCCAGCCGCUUGCAGACGUUCGUGGCUUCUCUAGGGGGACACCAGCGGGGCGUGAACGCUGUGAGAUUCAGCCCCGAUGGAUUGAGCUUGGCGAGCGCAAGUGAUGGAGGCACCGUCGUGAUUUGGAGCGUGGAGGAUGUAGCUGCUUGGAGCACCAUCAAGUCAGACCGCGACACACGAAAAAAUAUCCUGAGAGGUGCAACGGAAGAUAUCUACGAUAUGGCGUGGUCACCAGAUUCCAAGUACAUUACGUGCGGCUCAAUCGAUCGCCGAGCUCACGUCUGGGAGGUUGCCACCAAGCGAUCCAUCGCGACUCUAGAGGACCACGCCAACUACGUGCAGGGUACGGCGUGGGACCCCCAGUCCAAGUACAUGGCGACACAGAGCAGCGAUCGCUCUUGCCGUGUCUAUCAAAUUACACAAGACGGGGGGGGGGGUAGCGGAUCAUCCGGGGCUGGGCGGGUAGCUGUUAAGUGCUGCAACGUGAUCAAGUCGUGCGUCGUUCCGUCAGACGAGGGCAGCAGCGGGGGCUCUUCAGCUGGUGGAGAGCCCCCCCUCCCACGGGAAGGUACUACGGCCCCGGGGGAAAGGCCUUCAACGGUUACUUCGGAGACGGGGGGAGACGGUGCAGGCUGCAUCCAACCCACCAGCAGCGCAGUUGAUGCACGUGGUAGCACAACAGACGAUAACCAACGCAGUGGAGGAGGUGACAAAGGACCCAGCGGGGGCAACGAAGAUUCGUGCGCGACGGGAGUAGACAGCACGAAAGAUAAGGCCAAACCUGUCCAGCGGAAAAAUCUUUUCGUCGACGAAACGGUCACCAGCUUUUUCAGGCGACUGAGCUGGUCUCCCGAUGGAGCUUUUCUCAUCACCCCGACGGCGCAACACUGGGACGCGGCUACUAGGCAGACGCAGUUUUGCACCCACCUCUUCACACGGGGACAGUUCGCCAAGCCGGCUAUUUGUCUUCUGGGUUUGACCAAGCCGUCCGUUGCUGUGAGAUGCAACCCUCGGCUAUUUACACUCAAGGGGUGCGGCGACAACACCAGGAGUGAAGCAGUCGAAGAAGCGAUGUGCGAUUUGCCGUACCGUGCUGUGUUCGCGGUUGUGUCUCUGGAUGCUGUGGUGGUGUACGAUACGGAGCACGCGACCCCGCUGAUGGUGGCCAACGGGCUGCAUUUAUCAGCACUCACCGAUGCUUGCUGGUCUUCGGACGGGCUUGCUUUAUUCGUGUCAUCAACUGAUGGGUAUGUGUCGAAAAUCCACUUUGAACCGGGAGAGCUUGGAGAUACUCUCCCAUGUUCGGAUGUGCCACUGCAAACACGGCGCCUACACCCGGUCAUCUACGAUUGGCAAACGGAGGUAACCCCUACCGAAGAGGUGGCAGGGAGAGUACUGAGACCAAGCCCUCCUCCGAGUGGUGUGGUACGCGUAGAAACACCUACACAAGCUGGUGGUGAGACCAGUACCGGAAAGGCGCUAGGCCUAGCUCCAGCUCCCAGUCCUCUCCCGGUGGCGACCAAACAGAAAAAGAAGAUAGUACCGACGUUAGUCACCCCUCUGCCUGCUGCUGAUCGCGCUCAACCGGUAGCUUCUUCGACGGCUGUUCCUCCUAGCCCCACCACACCUUCGACGGAAAGGAAGAAACGCCGAAUCACUCCAACCCUCUGUGUGCCCGGUAUGAAUGAGGAUGCUAGUGGCGACGACGGUCUGGUGUCCGGCACGCAAAGCCCUUUACCCGCCUCCGCUAAACACGUCGCGGUGGGAAACGAGACCCCGAAAAAGAAACGCUUGGCCCCCACACUGGUGUCUGCAUUGUAGAGUUGUAUGCAGUGCGUGUAGUUUUAUUGGGUACUGUAGUCUCGUCGUGUGGCGGAGACGGCUGCAGUUAUAUUGCAUCUUUUUGAGUCUGAGCGUGAGGGGCUGUGUUCUUUCUUUGUCAAAAUUGGCUUUUUGCAUUUUGGUAAAUUUUCUCUAUUGUCCACUCUUUCCACCCUUACCAGUCUCACGCUUUUCGAUAGCAGUAGAGAUAUCCCUUGGAGAUUUCGAUCGUGACUGGAAAUAGUAGUUUGUGUUUCGAAAAGGUUCGGGUGGAUCGUUGAUAUGGAGACCACCGCACCCACUUCAAUGGCACAAAUUUGGUGCUGUUGUGAGCUGACUCCAGUCGGACCUCAGUCGGGCCUCAGCUGUCGUCUCCAAGACGCUUUAGUUUUGCUUCACAAGCAGCAUGUUGGAAGCACGGGUCGAUUUUGCGACAAUCUACGCAAUAUAGGCAAUACAUGUGGAGGUUAGAUUUACGCAAGCCGCGGCUACGUCACGCGACACCAGCUGGGGCUGGAUCUGUUCGUAGCUAAUAGCGUGACAUCUUGGAGGUGUGUAAAGGAACAAAUUACUCGUGGCUGGUUAUACGUGUCAUUGCGCUUGUGUGUAUUUCCUUUGUAUCGUCUCCGGUGUGUCUCUUGUGAAUAUAUCGAGCGGUAUUGGGUUAAAAAGGGAAAUAUGGCAGGAGGAACACAGGAUUAGAAACGCACGCCAAGCGGCAAUACUACGCCCUCCACCUUUC